UCAGAAUAUUUUUGAAUUUCAAAAACCUUCAUACUCAUUUAAAGGAUGCCAUUAUACUAGAUUAUUAUGUUUCUGGAUUUAUGUGGGCUAAAGGAAUGGAUUUUUCUGUUACUCAGUAUUCAAAAUUUAUGACUUUACUGGAUAUGUUACUUCAUAAUCUUAGAACCCUACAUAUGUCCUUAGAAGAUAGCAUAAAGUGGCUUGGGGAAGUUAUGGCUGAAAUUGGACCAAGGCAUUCACAAAAAAAAAAGGAAUGGAAUAUUUUUGAUGUAAAACAAGCCAAUGCUAUCAUUGAUUACUUAAAAAUCAGCUUAUUUCAACACUACAAGUUAUAUGAGUUUAUGUUUUACUCUACAAGGGAAGAAAUUGUGAUAGGAACUGAGCAAGUAAUAGAGGUUGUCAAGCCUGCAGAUCACCCCUUCCCUGCUCCUUUGGAAGAAGGAAUCUCGCUUGAUACUUAUUCAGCAUUCAUAGAGCCACCACCAAUGUCAGAUACAGAUCUGAAUGGGUUGGAUCAAGAGCAAGGCCCUGAGGAAACCCAGCUAGACACUGACACUUCAGACAAGGAUCCUUUAGCUGGCUUCACUAUUGAAGAUGUAAAAUCAGUGCUGGCUCAAGUCACAGAUGAUGUUUUAGUGAGCAUUCAGACCGAGAUAAACGAAAAGCUGCAAAUACAGGAAGAGGCCUUUAAUGCAAGAAUAGAAAAAUUGAAAAAGGCCUGAGGACUCUGUACAAGGAGAGAGUUCCUAAACUUCACAGAAACAAAUAAAACCAGUCAGAAUAAUAGACUCUCUAGAGCAUCGUAUCUCCUUCGUUUAGUUGUGAAAGGAAAACCAACCCCCCACUUUUUAUUAUCCUAAGUAAUUAGAAAAGUACUGGCCCCAAUUUUGCCAUCUCCUGUCCCAUAACAGCCUCUGAAUUUAUCGUACCAAGUGUAAUAAGAAUAUUUGUAUACAAGAGUUUGGAGAGUCGUAUGUAAAAAUAUAAUUACAUUUAUGAUAUUCCUUUGACAUCUUGACUGAUAAAUGCUAUUCGUCUUCA